GAAGGGGCGGGGCGAAAGGAGUGGUCGCGGGAAACUCGGCUGAUCCAGUCCGAUUGUUGCGCCCUUUGCCCCAGUUGAGUAUUCCGAGCCAGUCGCUGGAAUCUGAGCGGCCCUGCGAGACACCAAGGCGCCGUCCCACCCGGGCCUGGGCCCUGCUCCCUGCCCAGAGGUCCCCCUUCACCUCCUUCGGGCCUGGCCAUGCUGCCCAACACAGGGAAGUUGGCAGGAUGCACUCUCUUUAUCACAGGUGCAAGCCGUGGCAUUGGAAAAGCGAUUGCCUUGAAGGCGGCAAAGGAUGGGGCAAACAUUGUGAUAGCUGCUAAGACGGGAGUGCCGCAUCGCACUCUUCCAGGAACAAUCUACACUGCUGCAGAAGAAAUUGAAAAAGCUGGAGGAAAGGCUUUACCAUGUAUUGUUAAUGUCAGAGAAGAAGAUCAAAUUAUUGAUGCAGUGGACCAGGCUGUUCAGAAAUUUGGAGGGAUAGAUGUUCUUGUGAACAAUGCAAGUGCUAUCUCUUUAACUGGCACGCUGGAAACACCUACGAAAAAAGUGGAUCUUAUGAUGAGUGCCAACACAAGGGGAACCUACCUCACAUCUAAAAUAUGCCUCCCUUAUUUGAGAAAGAGUAAGAUUGGCCAUAUCCUUAAUAUCAGCCCACCAAUAAAUUUAAAUCCUAUCUGGUUCAAAAAUCACUGUGCUUAUACCAUUUCUAAAUAUGGAAUGUCCAUGUGCGUGCUGGGAAUGGCAGAAGAAUUUAGAGGAGAAGUUGCAGUUAACGCACUAUGGCCUCAAACAGCUAUAUAUACCUCUGCAAUGGAUAUGUUGGGAGGAGCUGGUGUGGAGAAACAGUGCAGGAAAACAGAUAUUCUAGCAGAUGCUGCAUACUGCAUUUUAACAAAGUCCAAAAGUUUCACCGGAAAUUUUGUUAUUGAUGAAAAUCUGUUGAGAGAAGAAGGAAUUAAGAAUUUUGAUGUAUAUGCAGUUUCCCCAGGUCACCCUUUGCUACCAGAUUUCUUUUUAGAUGUGGAUCCUGAUACACUAGCAAUGAAAAUGGAAGCACAAGGCGUUUCUCCAACCUUCAGAGAAGGAAAAAAACAAGAGGCAGCCAAGCAUGACAUUUCUGACAAAACUAAACCUGAAGGUCCUGAGAGAGGCAAGCAUCAUGUGCAUUUUGCUUCAGAGAACUCAACGGGGCCUGUAGCAGAAACAUUUAAAAUUAUAAAAAGUGCAAUCAGUGACGACGUUGUAAAGUCAACUCAAGGAGUUUAUCGGUUUGAAUUAUCUGGUGAAGAAGGAGGAACAUGGUAUAUUGAUCUUAAAAACAAAGGUGGCAGUGCAGGAAGUGGAGACCCACCUGGAAAAGUUGAUGUGAUUAUGAGCAUGUCCAGUACUGACUUUGUAAAAAUGUUUUCAGGCAAACUAAAGCCAACCAUGGCUUUUAUGUCUGGAAAGCUGACAAUCAAGGGUGACAUGGCCUUAGCAAUCAAAUUGGAAAGACUGAUGGGUCAGUUUAAUGCCAAAAUGUGACAAUAAAAGGGUGAUUUAUAUGUCACAUUGAUCUUUCAAUAAAUAUGCUAUGCUUUGCUGUUUGAAGACAAUAAUCCUUGCUCUGGUUUAAAAUAUUAUGAUUUAAUAUAUACCUUCCUGAAUACAUGACAUUUUAUACGAUAAUUGCAUCCAUUUUAACUUGAUUUACUUGGAAUGAGAUCCUGUUGAUUAAAGUGAGGCGUAUUUCAUAGGAAGUGUGUUUAGGAUCAGUGUGGAAUGUAUCAUCUUCUAUGAAUCACCAUCAGUUUGCAGAAGAACAUUCACUCAUGUUGGUGAGGCCAUGAACCCCCAUUUUAGCUUAGAAAAUAUUGCCAUUUUCCUUUUCAUGAGAUCUCCAUAUUUCAGUCUUUCCAAGGUAUGGAUAAGUUGCACUGAUUUGGCGUUAGCUGUGAGCUAGGCCUUCAUUUCCAAGGAGGGAAACUUGAUCCUUCGUUCUGUUUUUUUGAAACCCCAACCUAGAGUUGUAAACCUUCAUAUCCUGUAGAAUCAUUUGGUUUGAAAGUCCAUUGACUUCAGUGGAGUACAUCAGAGUAAAAUGGAAAAUGAAUCACCACUAUGACACUUCUAUCUUUUUAUUUCCCAGUAAUGAUGCUUUGCAACAUUUUUAAUUUUUUUUAAAAAUCUACAUAGCUUUUAGUUACAGAAUUAAUUUUUUCUUUAAGAGUUUUUAACCCAACCUCAGGUGCUCAAGGAUUUUUUAAGGGACAGAUAUUUGCCUUACAGCAGAAUCCUAACCAUGUCUGUGCAGAAAUAAGUGCCUGUAAGAUUGUCUCAGAAAGUAGCAUUGUAGAAUAAAAUAUUUUUCAAUAUGUUUGCUGCUGUGAAAACUCAGAUCCAGCCAAAGUGUAUUUAGAAAGAUAGUUCAAAUAAAAUGCAUCUGUGUGUGACAA